GCAUAAAUCAAUUUUUUUUCUUGUUAUAAGAAAAAGACGUCAAAAAGAAAAGAAAAUUGAUAUAAAAUUCAUACUACUAUAUAUUUUCUAAAUUUCAUCUUUAUAUAAUUAUUUUUAAUUCUAAGAGAAAAAUUAAAAAGAAGAUUGAUAUAAGUCGCCGUGGCUUCGGCCUUCUCCGAUUUCUCCCACCCUCCUCUCUCCACCGCCACCACUGCCUCUCUUCAGUCCAGCACCAGUUCGCGCCGCCGCUGAGAAGGAUUGAGAGAAUAAUUUCCAGCUAAAAAGAAAGGCGUGCGUCCGCCCCAGCCUCCCGCCUUUCCGCCCAAUUACUAUAAACGUAUCUCUCUCUCUCUCUCUUAAGUUAACGAAACGUCCAGUUCUUAUCCACUUAUUAACGAAGAUUAUACGGAAAUGAGAGGUCCUAGAAGCAUUGAGAUAUGGAAGAUGGGAGCUGUGAAUUAUUUGGAGGCACUUAAGCUGCAAGAGAAAUUGUCAUCUGAUAGAAAAACACACAAGAUCAAAGACACCCUGCUGUCUCUACAGCAUCCACCCACGUUUACUCUUGGCAAAAGGCGCACUGUUCAUAACGUAUUGGUUUCUGAGGCUGAACUCAAAGCAAUGGGGGCAGAGCUUCACUAUACAGAAAGAGGAGGCGACGUUACAUUUCAUGGUCCUCAUCAGGCUGUUUUGUACCCCAUCAUCUCUUUGAGAGAUAUCCGAAUAGGGGCCAGAAAAUACGUGGAGAAUCUUGAAUCGACAAUGAUUGAGUUGGCAUCUCUAUACGGUGUCAAAGCUCGUGCUGGACACACAGGUGAAACGGGGGUUUGGGUUGGUCACAGAAAGAUUGGCGCGAUUGGGGUUCGCAUAUCUUCUGGAAUUACAUCCCAUGGUUUGGCAUUCAACAUCGAUCCCGACUUGAACUACUUCAAACAUAUCGUGCCAUGCGGAAUAGCAGAUAAAGAAGUCACAUCUUUGCAAAAAGAGGUGGGGAAGGUGCUUCCUUCUGAACAAGUGAUUCAUGAGCAAUUGAUUUCAUCUUUUGUUAAAGUAUUUGGCUACACUGAUGUUACUUGGAGGGAUAAAACAUCAGAAUCCUCAGAUGAUAAAGAAUGAACGGCACUACUUGCUUCAUCAUUAUUCAAGGUAUGUAUUCUUUCUUGCCCUUGAGAUGGAAGGCAUUUUCUGUGGGGUGUAAGUUUUGAAUAAUGCUUUGAUGAUUCUCAUAAAUAUGUUCACAUUUUUGAUAUAUGAUAUGCUGAAAUUUACGUGUUUCCUUAACUUGGAUCAACUGUUGUAUUUGGUUCGACAUUUUUUAUUUCUCACUAAUAAGUUACAUAAUCGCUCUUAACAAUGACAGGGAAGAUGGUUAAAUACAAGUUUAUAUAGUACAAGCAAAUCCCUUUACUAUUGUCAUAUUAUAAAAAUCUCUAAUGUUGGUCAUGACUAAUGACUUUUAUGAAGGAGUGAAAUUUCAUUUCAUUUUCGCUUUCUUAAUUGAGUUAAAACUAUUGUUGGAGGACCCAAAUAUACUUGCACUAGUAAAGAAAAAAAAGAGAGAAAAGGAAAGAAAGAGGAAGUUAGAAAAAAAAGGAGCAAGUAGUAGCCGCACAUGACUCAUGUUCUAAUCUUAGAGAUUACUUAUAGCCAAAUCAGCAUCACAUGUCAUGUGAGACCUCCUUCCCACCCUCAACUCUUUUAAAUACCAAAUAAUUAUAAACAAAAUAUCUAGAGUAAUAAUAAUGGUAUUGCUAAAGGAUCAUUGCUUUCUUAAGUUGUGUAAGUUGAUCGUAGAUUCUCCAUUCUAUUUCAUUGUACAGGCGCACUCCUAAUCGUAAUAACCGCUCAUUAACCAAUAAAUAAUUAUUAAGUAAGAAUUAAUUCUGAUUAAUUAAGAAUUUUCGGCGUCCUAUUACAUGUGCCGUUGUGACAAUUAUCAUACAUUUUGUGAUCUAAUUCAAGAAUUUUGAUCUUAAUAUUACUAAACAAUAGUUUUAGUAUAUGCAAGUGGGAAAGGGUGAAAUGGGACAGGUCAUGCAUAUCAUUGCUCUUAUGUAGUGCAUACAUGUAAUCAAUGUGAAGCUUGUGAUUAGUCAAAUUGACAUUAUUUGACUUAAUCUGGUGGCCUGGAAAUCAGCCUUAAUAUUUAUUUGAAUAUUUUUUUAUAAACGACACAUGUUUCUGUCUGGCUAAAGCACGAGCUCAGCUAGCUACGAAUCUACAAUCAACACAAGAAAUGGGCAAAUGCUGACACUAUAAACUACCAUUCUCAGCCUUUUGUCAUUUCCACCUAUCUCCACUUCAGUUUUCUUGAUAAAAAAGCAACAGAAUGAGCAACACUCACAGAAGAACAUUUCUUUUUCUAUUCUUGAUCCUUUUGCAUUUGCAGUCUGCCUCUGCUCUGCAUGUAGCCAAUGCAAAACCGCAGUCGAGAAAGCUACUGCUUUCGGUGAAUUCACUCUCUGUGAACAAAGCCAAAUCGAGCAGAUCCACGCUAGAGCCGGAGAAAGCAAUGGAAAACGGGCUGCGGAAACGGCCUCCAAGCGCUUCAAAUCCGACUCAGAAUAAAUGAGGUCUUGCAGUAGGAGAAACGAGAUCAGAUAAUGAUCUAUUUUUCUAUAAUUUUUGCAGUUCCCUUUAUAAUAGUUCUCAGAUUUCUUAGCUUAGUUCAUAGCAAGAAUGUUGAAAUUAGCUUUAGAUCAAUAGAGUUAUCUCUUUUCGUUUUUCUUUCCA